UUCGUUUGUGAUGUCACGGUUGAAAUAAUUUCGUGUUUUAAGUAAUUUUUUUUCAACGGUCAUUCGCUCUGCGGCUAAAUGAAACUUGUGCACCAGCAACGUCCUCUGACGUCUCCGAUUCCGUCGGUUUGCUUGUAAGAAUUAACCAGAAAUGUGGAACAACGAAACUGUGAACUAUUUUUGUAAUACCAUUAAUUUAAAAAAAAUAGUGUAUUUGGUGCUACGCACAACUCGAUUUCACAUUUCGGCGUAAAAUAAACAAAAAACGGUAACUCUGAAGUGCUAAAGUGUGCUCAAAUUUCCCUCGAUUAACGAAUAACGAACACGGAAUUGUCCGGAACUGGAGAAUAAACGAAAUGCACCUGAAAAAGAAAUACGAGGAAAGAGACGACCACAGUGUGGAACAUGCAAGCAUUAGUUAUGGAUCCAACAUGGCCGAUAAUACACGCGAAGUACGAAUUGAAGAGCAAUUAAAAGUAAAAAUUGGCGAAGCUAAAAACUUGAGUAGUCGCAAUGCGGCCAAUACCAGUUGCAGCACACAAGGCGUACGCGAUGUGUACUGUACAAUUGCUCUCGACCAAGAGGAAAUUUGUCGCACGCCUACCAUCGAACGCACAUUAGCGCCAUUUUUUGGCGAGGAAUAUCAAUUCAAAAUACCACGACGCUUCCGUUAUCUAUCCAUAUAUGUGUGGGAUCGUGAUCGACACAUGAAACAAGAUAAGCCAAUUGGUAAAAUAGCUAUUAAACGCGAAGAACUGCAUAAGUACAAUCACAAAGAUCAUUGGUUUCCAUUGCGACCAGUCGAUUCGGAUUCCGAGGUGCAGGGCAUGGCCCACAUUGAGGUGCAAUUCGAAGAGGUGCAGCCGCCCGUACAUGAACAGCGUAUAAAUUUGAUACGACCCAGUGAUUAUGAUCGCAGUGACAUCAUUGAAGACAUUAGCCAUCACCACCAACAUCAAGCGCACCUAAAUGACUACAAAGAGAAUAGUGAGCUGAGCAAUAUACAGCGUGGCUCGCUGAAAUCUCGUGGUUUAUUCGGUACACAUACAGAACAUACUACGAAUUGGAAAAAUGCGAAGGCAACUCGUUUGGCGCGUGCCGCAGUUCGUUGUAUCGAAUGUGUCGACUUGACUAAGAAGAAUGGCACUUGUGAUCCGUAUGUAAUUUAUACCGCUACUUACACGAACAAACGACAAGUGACGAGACGCACGAAAGUGCGGGAAAAGACCGUAAAUCCUGAAUUCGAUGAGACAGUUUACUUUGAUCUCUGUAUUGAUGCUGAUAAUGCGACGACUAAGUCGAUUUCUUCACAUCACGAUGCCAGUACAACGAACUCCAAUAAGGGGUAUACAAUUUAUCCGCUCGGCGGUGCUGAUCUUUGUGAGAUAUCCAUUGCAUUGUGGCACAACUCUGCGGGUAUGGCGGACAAAGUAUUCCUUGGUGAGGUUAAGAUACCCAUUUUGAAUAAGCAACAACAAGUUGCUGCGCAACAAUCCGCCUGGUAUUUUCUGCAGCCACGUUCAGCCAGCGCAUCAAAUCGUUCGUUAUCGUCGACACCGCGUUCAUGCGCCACCCCACCGGGAACGCGUCUCAGCUGCGAUAGCACGAUCGGCACGUUGCGCCUCAAACUGCUCUACACCGCUGAUCACGUCUUCCCGCUGGCGACUUAUGACGACCUAAUGAACCUGCUUUUGGAAUCGGUCGAUCAACGACCCAUCACUGUAUCUGCCGUCUCUGUACUAGGCGAAUUGGUGUCGUGUAAGACGGAUAUGGCGCAACCAUUGGUGCGACUUUUCACACACACCGGCCGCAUUGCAUCAAUCAUCAAAGCAUUGGCCGAUCAUGAAAUUUCCAAUCUUACCGAUCCUACAACGAUUUUCCGCGGUAAUACGCUUGUUUCGAAAAUGAUGGACGAAGCCAUGCGAUUGUCAGGCCUACCUUAUCUACAUCAAACGCUGCGUCCGGUGCUAGCUCAAAUUUUGAUCGAAAAGAAACCCUGUGAAAUAGACCCAUCCAAGGUGAAGGAUCGUUCGGCAGUCGAUACAAAUUUGAAUCACCUACAAGACUAUGUGGAACGUGUAUUCGAUGCGAUCACGAAAAGUGCGGUGCGCUGUCCGAAGGUGCUGUGUCAGAUAUUUCACGAUCUACGCGAAUGUGCUGGCCGACAUUUCCCACGUAAUCAUGAAGUGCGUUACUCGGUGGUGUCCGGCUUCAUAUUUUUGCGUUUCUUUGCGCCAGCUAUACUUGGCCCCAAGUUGUUCGAUCUGACAACAGAACCACUGGACCACCAAACAAAUCGCACAUUGACGCUGAUUUCCAAAACGAUACAAUCACUUGGAAAUUUGGUGAGCUCUCGUUCUUCACAGCAGCCAAACAAAGAAGAGUAUACCGGGCAGCUGUAUAAGAAGUUCUACACGGAUAAGCAUGUUAAGGCGGUUAAGCAUUUCUUGGAGGUGAUAUCCACACCAGGCGAAGAUUCGCGAAUGUCGGGUGAUUCAGCUUUAUUGCCAGUUGUGUGCCCUGCGGAUGGUACACUCGAACCAGUAUUACUUAAAGAAGGAAUGAUGACAAAAUAUCCACAGUGCCGUAAACGUUUCGGCCGUAGCCGUUUCAAGCAACGUUAUUUUCGCCUAACCACAAAGACCCUCAGCUAUGCCAAAUCGAAGGGCAAACAACCCAUCUGUGAUAUACCAUUGUCGGAGAUUGAGCGCGUCGAACAACUGAACGAGAAGAGUUUUAAAAUGCAAAACUGUUUUAAGAUCAUUCGCAAAGAGCGCUCUCUUAUUGUGCAGGCAACGAAUUGCGUGGAGGAACGUGAAUGGAUCGAUUUGUUGCACAAAAUCUGCCUGACGAAUUCUAUCCGCAUGCAGUAUUUCCAUCCGUCCGCCUUUGUGAACGGCGUCUACAGUUGUUGCUCGCGUUCGGACGAGAACGCGCCAGGCUGUCGCACCGUCUCCGCCGAAGCGAUCAACUACUUCCAAAUGGAUCUUGUUACAUCACUCGAUCCUGCGCUUGAUCUGCAACGAAUUCAUACGCUCAUUAUGUCGCAUAUGACACAAUUGGCAGCGCCGCUCGAUCCCAUAGCCUUCCAUCAUUUGCCACAGGGCCACAAUCCACUUGGUCCCACAGCAUUAACGUUACAGCAACAAUCACCUGAAGCAUACGCUGAAUUUCAAACAACAAUCGAACAACUGCGUAAAGUGGCGUUCGCCAUCGAUCGCGAUCAUCGCAACUAUAAGGCUGGCAUAGCGCGAGAACUGAAGUAUGGCAGUCGACAAGCGCCGAUUGGUGAUGACAACUACUUGCAUAUGAUGCAUGCGGCAGGUCAUUUCAAUUUGCAACAACACCAACAGCAGCAACAACAACAACACCAGCAGCAUCAACAACAACAGGUAUUUCUGCAUACACAACAGCAACAACAAGUUUUGCCACAAAUGCAACAUGUGCGCGCAUAUCCAUAUCAGCUAAAAUAGCUGGCAAAAAGAAGUGAAGGGAGUGAGACUGCAAAAUGUUAGAGAUGAUGAACGGAACGGAAAAUGCGGAAGUACGCAGUUGAUGUAAGCAAAGCGAAAGCGCUCAACCAGAGCUUCGCAUUGGGCGUUAUGUACCUAAACACUUGAAAAGCAAUAGGUACUUACUUACCAAUAAAUUUAUAUAUGUAUAAUGGCAGCUAUAGCUGAGCGUAACGAACGCUCAAUCUAGUUUCGAUAAUUAAUUGAAGAGACUUCGGACGAUCGGCGGUAUAGGGUUGAUAUAUGUAUUUUCCCUCUUCCCAAAAACUAACACGAUUACCAAGCAACCAAUACUACAAGCAAAAGUUCAAAUUCUCUAUAAAAAUUAUGUUCUAAAUAUGUUUACAUAGAUAUACAUAAAUGCGUACAUCUAUUAAACAAAUACUUACUUUAUAUGAAUUAUUAUUGAUAUACUAGAAAUAUUCGCAUUCGUAUACGCAUGCGUAUUGACAGACGUGUAAGACUAUUUAUUUUAUACAAUGCUAUUAUAUAAAUAUAUACCUACUUAUUAUUAUAUUAUUGUAUACAUUUUUUAGCGAAGUUAAGCAAAAAGAGUAACUGCGAGCGUAUGUUCUAAAUGAAACGCUUUGUAGUAUGUAUGUAGAUAUAUUUUACAUGCACUAAAUAUACGAGUGCAUAGUAAUAAGAAUAUUUGUUUAUAAUCUAAACUAACAAUUCUAGCUUAACGAACAUUUUUCGCCUUUAUUCACAGAGGCCAAGAAAAAGCACAGAUAAAAAACUGUUCAAGAGAUGAACUCCAAUUUACUGCAUUAUAUGCAUGCUCUAAGCUAAAAUAAUUUGUAAAAUGUUAAUUUAAGAGAAAUGCAGUGAAACUAUUGUUAAGUGAAAUUAUAUAAAUUGUAAAAAAUACCUUUAGGAAAAUUGCAUAAAAAAUGUGAAUUAAUUUGAAGAGCAGCAAGAAAAACAGAUUAAUGCAACACACAUGUCGUUGGUGUACCAUUCUUCUGCAAAUAAGCUUUGCUUUUUUCAACGAGAAAAAUCAUUCAAGCAAAUAAAGCUGAAUGUCGCGUUUU